UCGGAGAGCUAGUCGGCUAGCAGCUUCUCUCAAUUCUUUCUCUCUUUGUCACGGUAUUCAUAUCUACCGUCAGCUCUUUAGCAGAAAGAAAAUUAUAGGGAUUUGAAGGAACAUGAAGGUGGAAAGUAGAGACAGCCACGAAUGGUGAAGAUAGAAUGCAGAGUUCUCAACUUGUUUUCUGUUCACUUAUUGAAAGCUGCACAUUUAUGGCGUUUGUCAGUGUGAGUGGAGACUUCUGCCAGGCACAGCACCUGGUCAUUGUAGACAAGUGAACAGAGGGCCUGCCAUAUGAAGAUUAUACUACCUGUCUGCCCGUCUUAAAUUCUGCACUUUCGGGGAGCAUCUUUUUUUGUCCAGAGUUAAAGUGUAUGAAUCGGUUUGAGCUAAGCCAGGUACUAGAGAGCGAAUCGUUGUUCCUUCUCUCUAGUGCCAACUGAUCAUCUCUCCUCUCCUGAAUGGGGUAAUUAUAAAUUGCGAAUCAGAAGGAUAGUUCCCUUCUUUAGUUUUUAUUUCAAACUCGUGGGAGCGUGAAAGUUGUUUCCCAAUUUUUUGUUGAGAGAUUUGCCUCAAAGUCAGAUUGCUUAGAUAUUUUGAAAUUAUUAUUUGUACCCCGUAGAAGAUUCAGAAGUUGUUGUUUUUUCAUCAAGUCCAACUAAAUUUGAGUGUCAAAAUGAAUCGCCCUGCUCCUGUUGAGAUCACCUACGAAUGCAUGAGGUUUCUCAUCACCCACAAUCCCACCAACUCACAGCUGGUCAAGUUUACAGAGGAACUGAAGAGUUUUGGAGUGCAGACGCUUGUCCGGGUUUGUGAUGCAACUUAUGACAAAACACCAGUGGAAAAAGAAGGCAUUGAAGUUUUGGAUUGGCCUUUUGAUGAUGGUUGUUCGCCUCCUGAACAAAUUGUUGAUGACUGGCUGAACCUUCUCAAAUGUAAAUUUAAAGAUGAACCAGGCUGUUGCAUUGCAGUACAUUGCGUUGCUGGAUUGGGACGAGCUCCUGUUUUGGUGGCCAUAGCCUUAAUCGAAUGCGGGAUGAUGUAUGAAGAUGCUGUCCAGUAUAUUCGUCAGAAAAGGCGUGGAGCUUUUAACGCUAAACAACUUAUGUACCUUGAAAAAUACAAACCCAAGAUGCGCCUGCGCUUCAAGGAUGCCAAUGGUCAAAACUGCUGCGUUCAGUAAAUAAACAUUCAUCCAAAGGAUCUUUGGAAACUAUUGACGUAAUUAUUAUUGUUAGUGUUGUUAUUAGCCGUUUUUGUUUGAAUACUACAUUGGACCAGGAUUUUGCUGUACUAUAGUGCCAAGCACAUAAAAAGGUUUAGUGCAGUAUUAGCAUUUUUUUUUCUUUUUUGACCAAACAGUCAAGCCAAUCUUGUAAACACACAGGCAAAGCUGGGUCUCACUAGUGAUGUUUCUCAUUGUGAUGAACACAUUGGUAUAAUGAUUGACUGGAGUUGUUAGAUUUUUAUGCCCUAUCUAAAACAUGGUGUCCCCAGUUUUCUGGAUUGUGUAAUAACACCCUGCUGUAAGUGAACUCACUUUGUUGGUGCUUCUCUUGAAGUCUGUCAGCUUCUCCAGAGUUACAUGGGCACAACUACUGUAUCUGAUGUUAUAGAUAUUAAACAUUCCAAGAGGUUCAAAGCACUGUUGGGCACUAGACUAUGGUCAUCAGUGAAAAGGACAGAUGAAUAAAAUCCUAGAUAAUCCAAUCAACAAAACUUCCUCUCCAUACUGAUUGUGAAAUGAGUCAAAUUCAAAUGAUAAAAAUCAAAUACUAAUU